CUGAGGGCUUGGUCCCAUCCCAGUGACCCCAAAGUGCUGGAGGGAGGGGGCGGGGGUGGCCCAGUGCAAAGUGCAUCCCGAAAGACCCCUGUCCGGAGAUCUAGCUGCUGGCACUUCAGACCCUGUACGAGCUGGGACCUCGCUGUCCCGAGCCGUCCCGAGUCUCUCCCUAGCUGGAAGCCUCCGGCCCGAACGCGGCAGUCCCCUGCUCGGAGCCCCUGGACCAGGACUGCCCCCCCAACCAGAGCCGGGACUUCCUCCCGGCACCCCUGCCCCGAGGCUGACUGGUAGCCGGGACCGCCACCCUCGCCUGCUCGACUGUCUGGAUGGUCUCCUGGAUGGGGCCGUGAGGCACCGAGGAGGAUCGGGAGCACCCGAGUCUGGCCCUGCCCGGGGUGUUUCUUCCAUGGAGAAGUUGGUGAGUGUGGAGGAGGCUGAAAGGAGGAAGAGGAGCAGCAGUUGAGGACACAGGGUUGAGGUGGCUGGAGGACACUCGAGAGCAGGAAAGGGUCUGCCCACCCACCAGUGAAGCAGCGAGCCCCGUGCCUCUGACUGGGAUCCUCCUCCAAGGUUAAGAAGCUCUUUUGCUCUGGAGCCUGAACACAUUUGGAUCCCCUCCCCACGAUGUUGGAUGCACACAAUGGUUGUUAGGCAAUCCAUAUCCCAGGAGAAGGGACACUCUUCUGUAAGGCUGAUCCCUGUGACCUAAUGAAACCUUGGUAAAAAGUGGACUCAGCUAGGAUGUUACACCACCAUUGUCGAAGGAAUCCUGAACUCCAGGAAGAAUUGCAGAUUCAGGCUGCAGUGGCUGCUGGGGAUGUUCACACCGUACGAAAAAUGUUAGAACAAGGCUAUUCUCCAAAUGGCCGAGAUGCUAAUGGCUGGACCCUGCUUCAUUUCUCUGCAGCGAGAGGAAAGGAAAGAUGUGUUCGAGUAUUUCUAGAACACGGAGCUGAUCCCACAGUAAAGGACUUAAUCGGAGGCUUCACUGCUCUUCAUUAUGCAGCCAUGCAUGGCCGGGCCCGGAUCGCUCGCUUGAUGUUAGAAUCUGAGUACAGGAGUGACAUAAUUAACGCAAAAAGCAAUGAUGGCUGGACUCCCCUCCACGUGGCUGCACACUACGGUAGGGACUCAUUUGUCCGCCUCCUUCUGGAGUUCAAGGCCGAGGUUGACCCACUCAGUGAUAAGGGUACCACUCCACUUCAGCUCGCCAUCAUCCGAGAGAGGUCAAGCUGUGUUAAAAUCCUCCUGGACCACAAUGCCAACAUUGAUAUUCAGAAUGGCUUCCUGCUGCGAUAUGCUGUGAUCAAAAGUAAUCACUCAUACUGUCGGAUGUUCCUUCAGAGGGGGGCAGACACAAACUUGGGGCGCUUAGAAGAUGGGCAGACUCCUUUACACUUGUCUGCCCUUCGGGAUGACGUGCUCUGCGCACGGAUGUUGUAUAACUAUGGAGCGGACACGAACACGAGGAACUAUGAAGGCCAGACCCCACUGGCUGUUUCAAUAAGUAUUUCCGGAAGUAGUCGACCGUGUUUGGAUUUCUUACAAGAAGUCACAAGACAGCCCAGAAACUUACAGGACCUGUGCCGAAUUAAAAUUCGACAAUGUAUAGGCCUUCAAAAUCUAAAGCUACUUGAUGAACUACCAAUUGCCAAGGUCAUGAAAGACUACUUAAAACACAAAUUUGAUGAUAUCUAAUACACCAAGACUCUGAGCAAGUUAUAUUCCAGAUACUUAAGAGGCUUUUUGCCUUGCACAAAGUAUAUCCUAUGCAAUUUCUGAUUUGCUGUGAAGUCAGAAAGCAGGUAUACACUUUUAGGUUUUUUGUUUGGUUGGUUUUCAUUGUAGGGGAGGGAGUUUUUAUACACAUAAACACACACAUACAGCACAUGCUUGAAGGUCUUAAUUUGGUUUCUUGGUCCAGGCUUUCCAUACAACACUGCAUUUAGAAAAAUUGUUUUCCCUAAAUGACACAAGCAGGUUUGGAGUGAAGAAUUUACCCUUUCCAAAUUUAUUUAGCUUCAUUGGUGAGCAUGGUACUAGAAACCAGCAGAAUACUUACUACAAUUUGCAGAUCCCGUUAUACCAAGAGGGUACUGGGUUAUCCUGGAAAAUCCCCCAAGAAAAGACUUAAAGUAAUGCUGGCACCUCAUUUACUUUUAAUGAAUACAAAUCAGCUAUUUCAAAUUGUUCUUUUUUUCCUAAUUAAUGUAGCUUUCAGAUGACAAAUCCAGUACCUCUGCUUUCCUUUGGGUGUGCUCUUGUCUUUAACUUAUUUUUUUUUUAACAACUGUAGGACACUACCCUGAGACAUCGUGUCUCAGCUUUUGUCUGUAGUUGAAUUGUGCUUUAAAAAAAAAAAAAUGGGAAAGAGAAUAACUUUAUAAAGCCAGUAUAUUCUGUUUUUAAAACAGCGCCUCUAGUGCAAUACUCUUUCUGAUUUGUUCUGUCCAUUAUUUUACUCUCUGUUGGUCAUUCCACAGCUGGCUUUGACUUGCCUGUGAAAACAGGAACCACCACUUUAAUUUUCAUUGCAGACCUGUAGUAUGUCAGUUGCAAUUCCAUUUUAAGCUUUAUUUUUUAAAUUUCACUUUAAGUAGCAAAUUUUAUAUCCUGGUGGUAGAAUGUCUCCCUAAAAAUAACCCAAACUACUGUUAAACCAUUUGGUUUUAAUGGUUAAAUGAUUGGGGAGUGGUUUUUUUCUUCCUGGUUUUUAAAUAAAAAUAUCUUAAGGGUAAACCUCUUAAUGGGUGCACAUUUGUAAGUCUGGCUAAUUCUUAACAUGCUAAUUGAACAUUUCCUGCUAUGUUAAAGUUAUGUACAGUGAAGCUUUUAAGGACAGUUCUUUUGUUUUCUGGGCGGCUCAGGCAUAUAUGCGUGCAGAGUAAGCAUGGCUGCAAUAAAGUAACAGUGGAAAAGACCCCACAGGAGUUCUCUGCUUCAUUUGACAUUAUGUGAGUUUCAGAAGAACUUUUUAAAUGUCCCAGAAUCAUUCUUUGUGCUUUGGGAAACUUCAUAAUAUUUACAUGUUGUUAAUAAAUUUGUUAACUGAAGUUUACAAGAUGAAGGGCUUUUCUUGUCUGAAUUUCUAGUUUUAAAUCAUAAAGUAUAAAAUUCUUCUUCCUAGAAACAUAACUAAGUAAAAUUAGGAGUCUACUCUGGCUUUACCUUUCCCAGAGCCAGCAGUGCUGUUCAUUGUCCCUGCUGCAGAGUAGCCCUGGCAUCACAGUAUCUGAUCUACUUGUGCCCGAGCAAUGUGCAGCUUUCUGAUGAAUGGACAACUACAGACAAAAAGGAUUAUUUGGGGAGUCGCUGAUGUUGCCCAAGACUCUUUACAGGCAGCCAGUUAGCAUGGAGCCAGUGCUGUACGCAUCCUUAACUGUGGCUGGAGCCUGAUGGGUAGGCAUGGGUGGUCCCACCUUUUCCUCAUGAAUGUGUCUCCAAGAGAGUCCCUAGUGAAGACAGCCCUAAACUGUGUCUCUUACCUUUUACUACCCAGCCCAGGGGUGAGGUGCCUUAACAGCGUUAAGUUGUACGUCCGGAAAUGAACUGAGCAUUCCUUCUGAAACCUCAGGCCCAGGGAGAUGGGGAGGCAGGAGGUACCUGGAGUCCUGAACUCUGAGCAGUGAUGUUAAUGUUUCCAUUUGCACAGGGCUUAUCCCCGCAUAUGUGUGUAUUAAUUUAUUCAGUCAGCUUAAAAUGACAUUCUCGUCCCAACCAUUCAAAGGUUUCCAAACUAAGUUAGUCACUGAAUUGGAGUCAGUGAACCUUUCAAGUGAAAGGUUCAGAUUAAGGUAAAUUCUUUGUUCUCUGUUGCUGCUGUGACUUCAGAAAGAAAAAAAAUUAUGAGAGCUCUUCCUGGAAUUGAAAUUUCUAUUUAAUGAAGAAGUAUAUAAUUCCAUUAUUUAUUGUUUGAGGUUUGAUUUAUCUGGAAGCUUAAAAAGAAUGUUUUAUGUUUAUUAAUAAAAUCCCAAUCACAUAUCAUAUUUAACAGUAACUAAAAUGCCCCAUAGUUGGUAAUGGGGGAAUACAGUGGUGAAACGCAGGUCCGCACUUGAAUUUGAUUGACAGAGAAGCAUUCUGUGGCCACAAGGUGGGUUGAAAGAAUGGAUAUUUUCAGGAAAUCAGCUGAUUGGCUUUUCCAGACUCUUACCUAAAAUGUUCAGUAUAUUAUCAAAUUUGUCACUGAUUCUUGUGUUUCUUUUCAAAAUUAUUGUUUAAGCCUAUUGCUAAAUCUUUAUAAAAAUAUAUUUGGCAAAUACACCAAAGAAGCCAGCUCGUAAAAGGUUAGGAUCAUUAAUGAACGGCAAACCUCAUCUUUUGAAAACAAGUCUCUUUUUUUGUAAAUAUUUAUGUUUAUAAAUGUACAGCAGAGUAAGAGUGUUUUUUAGAUUAUUUAAUUCCCAUAUUUUCUAAACUAUUUACUACAGAAUAACCCAUGCUUGUUAGUUUGGAGGACUUAACUGUUUUGUUUUUUAGUUCAUUAUCAGUCAUGCUUGGAACAGCAUUUCCGCUAAAGAAUUCUGUGUUCUGGCAGUGCAGGAGUGCACAUCUGGAGCACGAGGGAGGCUAGCAUGGCUUGUCAGAUGCACACCCUGAGACAGGAACGUGUAGCGUAAUUACCAGAGUGGACCAUGAGAUUCUAACUUCUGUGCAGAAUUGCUCACUAGCCCAGGAUGUGAUUGGGAUAAGGCCAUUUGCCCACAAAUUUAGCUUUCAUGUAACUCCUGGUGUGUUAUAUCAUAAUGUAUUUUGUUCUUCCUUUGUAAUGUAAAUUUUGCUUUGGGUCAAUUUGAAUUAAAAAAAUCUGGUUUAAAAAA